AUGAGGUUCUCCACCUCCUUCCUGGCCCUCGCGGCUUUAUCGACUCGUCUCGCCCUAGGCGUAACUGCCACAUCAUCAGCUUCGGAGGAUGCCCCACCUGCGGCUUCCCUCUUGACGCCUGAACAGGAACAAGAGACGUUCAGCCAUGCGAAGAAGUACGAGUAUCAGAGUGAUAUUGCGAGAUUGAUGAAGAUCGUGGUCGGAAAUCGUGAGUAGCUUUUUGUGGUUGUGCCAAGGCGCGAUGAUGUGUGGGCAGCAGCCGGUCUGGUGGUCCUUGCUGGCCACGUCAUGAUCGUCCGACGAAGGACGGUGUCAGGAGGCUCGAGCACGGGUUCACUGACGGCCACGUGUUCGUUUCCCACCUCUCGCAUCGAAUAGUUUAUGAAUCGAGGGACGUCUGGGUCCGAGAACUAUGUAGGUCCCCACAACCGCUGCACUUGAUCGACUGGACGAACACUGACCUUUCCUCGCUCGAAUCGACCCGCAGUGUCCAACGCCAACGACGCCUUGGAAAAGACCCGCCUGUUGUCCUUGACCGACCCGGCCAUCCUGGAACCCGCACCUCAGUUGAACGUCAGCGUCAUCACCGACGUCCCGGGCCGACGUAUUAUUAUUCGAGGUCAGUUUUGACGACGUUGUCGAGAGGGCGCGCGCGAUCGCUCAUCCGUCGGUUGAACCUUCUUUUGCAGAUUCCGGCUUGGGUAUGACGCAGGAACAGCUGGCGGAGAAUUUAGGUACGAUCGCGAGAUCGGGUACUUCCGAGUUCUUGGCCAAACUCGAUAAAGGCGACGGGGCCAACUUGAUCGGACAGUCAGUCUUGUCUUCCACCUAUUUCCUUUUUUGGCUAGCCGUCAACCUGACACGAAAUUUGUGUGACCGUAGAUUCGGACUCGGCUUCUACUCUUCCUUCCUGGUCGCCGACCGCGUGACCGUCGCUUCCAAGAGCAACGACUCGCCCAAGCAAUACGUCUUUGAAAGCAACGCCGAUGCGCAAGGUUUCCGUAUCGCUGAGGACCCUCGAGGCACGACGCUCGGUCGAGGAACGGAAAUCACCCUUCAUCUCAAGGAGGAUGCGAAGGAGUACCUCGAGCACGAGAAACUCAAGAGUUUGAUUUCGAAACAUGCAGAGUAUGGCGCUUCGCCCAUUUACCUCUGGACCGAAACGACGACGACUUAUACCGAAGAAGAGGACGAAGCUGAGCCCAAGACGGACGACGAUUCCGAAGUCAAGGUCGAGGACGUCGACGACAAGCCCAAGGAACCCAAGACCAAAGAAGUGACGACGACCGAAUGGCAAUUGAUCAACGACCGAGCUCCGCUCUGGAUGCGCGACCCCAAAGAAGUGACCAAGACCGAAUACGAGGAAUUCUUCAAAGGCGCUUUCAAAUCGAGUGAAGAACCCCUCGCUUGGUCCCACUUCAAGGGAGAUGCCGGACCGACUUCUUUCAGAGCGCUCAUCUUCAUCCCCCCUUCGUUGCCGAACGAUUUCUAUUCCAAGGAUUACGUACUGCUCGAAUCGCUCAAGUUGUUCGUGCGCCGGGUCUUUAUCACCAACGAUUUGGGCAAGGAUUACCUACCCCGUCACCUCAACUGGGUCAAGGUUUUCAUCGACGUCGAUGACCUCCCCCUCAACGUCGGUCGUGACUCGUUACAAAAGACGCGCGUGAUCCAUCAGAUCAAAGCCAACUUGAUCAAACGUAUUCUCGACACCUUCGCCUCCCUAGCGGAGAAGGACCCGGAGAAGUACAACGCCUUGAUCGAGAAAGCCGGCACGGCCCUGAAAGUCGGUGUCGUGGAGGACCUCAAGAACCGCGAUCGGUUGGUCAAGUUGUUGAGGUUCCAUUCGUCCGCUUCGGACAACGUUACGAGUUUGCAUGAUGUCGUCACGAGGAGGAGGAAGGGCCAGAGUCAGUUGUUCUUCAUUGCUGCGGCGGGGGCAAAAACUUCGGAUGUGAGUUGCGUGUUGUGAAGGUACAUUUUCCUUUUGAGGAAACUGAUGAGUGGGUUCGGUUCGAUCACAGUUGGCGAAAUCACCUUUCGUGGAACGUAUCUUGGCCAGGGGUUACGAGGUCCUCUACAUGACCGACCCCAUGGAUGAGAUGGUACGUCACAGUUCUCUGUGGGCUUCGUUCCAACCGCUUUGUUCACACGGGACCGAGCACCUUGUCCGUACAGCUCGUCUCGACGCUCCCUACGGUCGAAGGCCUCAAGUUCCAGGACGUCGCUAAAGAAGGCCUCAAAUUUGGUGAUGAAGGUCAGCCUCAGAUCACAGAACAAGAACGAGGGACGGAGGGAAACGUCCUGGUGUGGUACUGAUGGUCUUUUCUGGGUGUUUCCUUUGGUGCGUGAUCAUUGUUGACAGAUGAGGACGAGGACGCCAAGGAGGAGGAAGAGACGUACAAGACCCAAUUCGAGCCGCUGGCCAAGUACAUCGAGAAGACGCUGGCCGACUCGGUUGAGAAGGGUGAGUUCGCGCUUACAUAGACCAUGUCCCUUCAGUUUCAACGAGCUAACUCCACCUCGUUCUAAUUUCGUGGUUGGAUAGUCGUCAUCUCCACCCGCCUCACGACCUCCCCCUGCCUCGUCGUCGCAGGUAAACAAGGUUAUUCCGGCAACAUGGAACGCUUGAUCGCUUCCCAAAAUCAGGGCACCGGCGAAAAUUUCAUGACGGCCUUUGCGAAGAUGCAAAAGAAAACGUUCGAGAUCAACCCCAAACAUCCGCUGAUCGAAGCGUUGUUGACGAAAGUCGAGGCGCAUAAUGAGGAGGCGGAGGGUGGAGAUGAUGGAUUGAAGGAGAGCUUGCAGGUGCUUUGGUUGACCGCCUUGGUCAAGUCGGGCUUCACGGUCCCGGACCCGAAUGUCUAUUUCGAACAGAUCGAGACCAUUUUGAGGAGGUCGCUUGGAGUGGCGCAAGAGGCCAAGGUGGAGGUGGAGGUGAAACCCGCGCCGGAGGUCGAGCAUGGUCCGGUCAAGUUUGAGGAACCGGGGGCCGCUGGGACGGAAGGGGGGAAACCCAAGGGGGAGUUCCAGGAUUGGGCUAGUGAGUUUCUUCUUGUUCAAGGUGGGGGCAACGAGCUGGACCGAUGAGGUGACCGACGCCUUUCUCCCCACUUUCUGCAGAGGUCAAGGCCGAACUCGCGGCCAAGAAAGCUGCUGAUGCCGCAGCCGCUAUGAUGGGCGGUGGAAAUGAUGCAGUUGACGAAGAACAAACCGUGGUUGAUGGCGCGGGCGAACCGGUCACGACGGCGCAUGACGAGCUUUGA